ACCAAGAGGCAAAUCUCACGGUCUUACAUCUGGCACCAACGAAAAUAGAUCAACUGCUACUGCGUGCAUUGAACGAGGAGGCGUAGGAAGGGAUGCGGGGCGAGGGAGGUGACAAUAACACAAUAGUAGCAUGUUACGUUAAUGUGUUUUGUAUCACUAUCCAGAACAUAUUAUGAACUUAGCUGCGAACGAUAAUGAUUAUGAUUGUGUUGCCAACUGAGUCUAAGAGAAGACAAAACGAGUUCGAUAUGAACGAGAUGCUGUGCGACAUCGCUCUUCAUAAACCUCUGAGAAGCUGAAUCUUAAGGAGCUGACAGUGCGUGUGUGUGUGUUGGACUCUGGACCACAUGGCCUCCUCGCAGAACGGGGCACACUUCCCCAGCCUCUCCUACACAAAAGUCCUCCUGCUGGGAGCCAUCGCAGCCGCCUCUGCCUUUGUGGUCACGAUUUUCAUUGUGCUGCUAUGUGUGGGCUGCCAGAGGAAAGCGAGGACGAAAAAUGCGCAGACGGACACGGCCAAUCACAGAAUGGUAAACACGAGCAUGCUGUGCCAGCCCAAGCUGCGGUCCAUGAGCAAGUCUGACACCCGGCUGCACGAGAUGAGCCGGCGGGGCUGCAACGGCAAGAGCAUUGUGAAGAACAGGCCUGCCAGCAUGGACCUGCUCCUCCUGCCCCGGCAGCGCUCCAACUCUGACCUGCAGUGCCCACAGGGCCGCCAGCUGCCCCGGAUCCCCCCCACCCCGGGCGAGGAGCGUGAGCACACGUACUCCGAGGUGGGCCACCGCUCCCCCCCGCCGCGCUGCCCUGACGACGUCCUGUACGAGAGCGUGGGGGGCGGGGCUGCCGAGCCGGACCCGCCUCCCGUCUCCGCCCCGCCCCGCAGCCCCGCCCACGGCAACGGCCACGGCAACGGGAAGGGCAGCAACGGGGUCCCCGUUACCGUCAUGAUGGCUGCGCCCCAGGACCCCGUCACCGCAGAGUACGCCUGCAUCCGCAAAGUGAAGAAGGUGGACUGGGCCCCGAGGAAGGAGAACGGAGGGGAGCUGGGGGAGGAGCAGCUCUACUCCAACGCCGACCUGCCCCCUGCAACUCCCCCGCUGCACCACAGCGCCCACCAGGGGGCCAGGAAACCCAAGGAGGCCUUCCACAUGCACCCCUUCCCCAAGGAGACAGUGUUCAUGGGAAAUGGAGAGCAGUACAUAUGGAAGCCUCCGGAAGACGUUGACAUCGCCAUGCCCCAGCACAGACUGCCGAGCCUUCCCAGCAUGCCCCAUGGGGAGAGUGGACAGAACCAUUCCACCGCAGUGGAGAUCUCAGACAUGUACUCCAAAGUCUGCAAACCUAACAAGAAAAAGCGGUCCCCAACAUCUCCCCUGGCCACUGAAGACACAAAUGGGGAAGGCAAGGAGGGCGUGGUGGGGUGUGACAGGGUACAGCCCCCUCUGUGGGCGGGAGCGGGAGGAGGACGCACCACGGAGGACCCCAGCUACGAGGCCUUUGGGGACAAAACUUUCCCAGGGGGGUCAGAAGAGUCUGACCCGGCGUAUGAAACCAUCGACUCCAACUGGAAACGUGAUAGGCCUCCGAAUACAACAGCAAAACCCAAGACGAGACAGCAACAGCAGCAGCAGCACUUACCCUUAAAGGCCCUCCCCAGUGAGAACUUCUACGAGAGCAUCAGCGAUGUGAAAAACGGGGUGACCGGUGCCAGCACCACCACCAUCUUCACCUUCAAUGAUGGCAUGGAGAUGUACGUCACUGGGCUGUAGUGACCAGCCAGCUUCUGCUAAAUACAGCCCCAACAGAUGCCUACAGCUCCCAGCAUGCAUCUGUUCCUUUCCAUGUUUAAUAAGGUGUCUCUUAAAACGGUUAAAGGAAAACACCAACAUUUUGGGAAAUUUCCCUUUCAGCGGUUAUAGUUCCAACCAUCUAACUUCUCCGAAAACAUCUCUUGUUAAAAAAAAAUGUCUGCACAUGUAUUUAAAAUACAGAUAAGACAAAUAAGACAGCUUCGGAAUUGCUGUAAGGUGCAUUUCUUCACUUUGUAGGAGGUAGGCUACUGACUCCGAUAGGCUUCGCUAACACAUUAUGCUAACAUGGAAUUGAGGCAGUGAAUGCUCAAAAAUGAAAAUUAAAUCAAACAUCUCAUCUAAGUCAACAAAAAGGGAUAUUUUCCAAAGUGUUGGUGUUUUCCUUUAAGUUGACUGGAUACUGUCGACUGCCUCUCCAGAGUCAGUAAUCCUAGCAAGCCUUCACUGUUAGAUGAGCAGACCACAGUUCACAAGCUAGUCCUGUGCAGUGAAUCAAAAAGGUCUUAACUCCCCCAAAGUAAUUAUUAAGACAGGGUAUUAAAUUAUACACUGUGGAAAAGUGGUACAAGGAGGACUGGAAAAUUAAUUGACAAAACAGUAUGAAUCCAAAUUCAUACCAUUUCAUACUUCAGCAAUGUAAAUGUAACUGCAAAGUACACAAUGCAGUUCAUUAUCUAUUGUUUAUGAUAAUAAUAUUUUUACAGAUGUUGAUGUCUCCUCUAUGGACUCUGCUUACCACUUAGCAGAAAACAUAUCAAACAGGCUUUCUUUGUAUCUGCAAUGAGUACUGCAGAAUAAUAUCCAUGAUUUUACCAUACUGCACUUCUUGAUCAUUGAACAUAGAGCUGGACCCUGUUGCACAAAGCAGGAUUACCCAGUUAACCAGAUAAUUGCACUGAGUAAAACCUGGAUCCCAGCCAAAUCUGGAACAUGGUUCUGGUUUCUUAUUUCUGCAGUUAUCCAGCUAUCUCAGUAAUCCUGCUUUGUGGAACAGGGCCCUGGUCCUUUAUAGUGGCCUGGAACAAACAUACUCCACUACUCUGCUGAAUCCCAGUUCUGCAAACACACGCCUCACUCUUUGCUCUACAAACCUAACCCAAAAUAGUGAGACCUCAAAGUUUGGAAGAAAAGAAAAACAUUCCAUUAACCACACACAUUUUGCAUGGCAACCUGUCUCCUCCCACUCCUGGCUCUUUAGCACAGGGGCAGAAUGACCAGCACUGAACACAAGUCUUCAGGCAACUUUCCAAUGAAGAAGGGGCUAUGGCUCCUGGAAUCAGGAUACUCAAUUUGCCUUUCGCUGUUAAAAUAAAAAAGGUGAAUAUAUUAAAAGGGCCAUUCCUUAUUGGAGACAGGUAAUAUGCCAUUGCUUUUGGGUGUAGUUAACAUUUAGUUUUAUUGCUGUUGCACCAGGGUAUGGGUACACUUCAGGCCUAAGGACGUAUUGUGAAUUUAGUAAAGGGUAUUUGUCUUGCAGAACCUUUCUUGUAUGGUUAUCUCCAUGCCAGGACUCCAUUCCAGCCUUCUGAGCCACAGUCUCCGAGUUUGAGUAUUGAUGGAGGAAGUGAUCCAAGGAAAACAGAGCAAUGAGCACAAAAUUGCUAGUGAGAACUUUUGGAGUCUCUGUUUCUGCUGGCUCUCAGAACUCAUUCUAUUGUAAACAGUUGCUUUCCCAUGUAGCACAAGAACCAUGGUAUAGAACUCAGAAUAUGUUAGUAUUAGAAGAAUAAUAAUGUCUGAUCAAUACGAUAAAAUAAUGCUCAGGGAAAGUAAUAAAAUGCUGUAUUAGGAAAAGUUAAUGCUACACAGUUAUAGUUGGCCUCCUUAAAAAUGUUUUGUGUGAGAAAGUCAGAUAUAUGUGUUAAAAUUGACCCUGUGUCACUUUAUUUAUGGUUACAAAUGCACUCUAUUUUUAUGUAAGCACUGUUUUUUUAACAUAACAAGAAAAUGCAUAUGAAAAAGUCCAAAUCACUGCCAUGCAUAUAUUACUUUGUUAUUGCAAUUAUACUGCUUGAUGAUGCAUGCAUAUAAAAAAUAUAGUGGUAUUUCAGAACUUUUA